GUUAUGCAAUACCCUGACGUAGUACUAUAGAUGUACAUAUGUUAUUGUUAUUGAACAGUAUCACAUGACCUGUUUUAUAAUUGACCCGGAUGUUGACGGAUCUCUUCUUCAGAUGUAGUUAGAUCAGCUAUACAUUGCUCGGUAUAGGGAUGGACAUCAAACCAUGGUCCAUAAUUUAAUGGACAGAACAUGGAUUCUGUGUCUGUAUUGGAUUUCUGUAGCAGCCUGUCGAGAUGCAGUUGAUGGUCAAUGGUCGUAUUGGACUACUUGGGGUGAAUGCUGCCUGGACACCCAGUACCGAUCCAGGACUUGUGACAGUCCAAAGCCUGAAUAUGGAGGAGUUUACUGUGUGGGCGACAGUAAAGAUUUUAGGGAUUGCUCGGGCUGUCCAGGUGGAAACUCUCGUCUGAAGUUCACAUCCUGGAGUUCAUGUUCAACAACCUGUGGGGAAGGACAAAAACGUCGAAUCGUGUUUUGUUCUUUAACUGAAGAGCAGGCCAGCAGAUACGGAUGUUACACAGCAAUAUUUGAUCUUGUAAACUGUUCCGAGAGAAAAUGUCCAGCAGUACAUGGAAAUUGGUCCCUGUGGUCACCAUGGGGAGCUUGUCACGCCACCGCCUGUAUGACCAUGGGUAUUCAGAAUCGAACGCGCCUUUGUACGAAUCCCUCACCAGAUUACGGAGGCGAAAUGUGCACUGGAGAUGCUGUAGAAAGCAGAUCAUGUCUUCCAUGCCCAGGGUAUGACUGGGAAGCUAUUUUUUGGUCCGGCUGGUCACCAUGCACCAGGGGCAAAUGGGGGUGCUACAGACAGAAAACAAAAAUCUGUCCUUCUUGUCCCACGAGACACGGACUGACAGCUAGUGAAUCUUGUUCUUGUACACAUGCUGCCAACACUUUCUUCUCAUCAAACAGCGAGAUACGGACUACGGCAUCAUGGCAUUUUCCCAACAGUCACAAGGCACAGAAACAAACUCCAAAACAAAAUAACCAUGACACGCAUCCUGUAGAUGGAAAGACCUUGCUCAUUGCAACAACCAUCGGCUCCGUCUGCUUCAUUAUAUUUGUCGUCAUUAUCAUAGCGUCUGUCAUUGAAUACUUAAAGAGGAAGAGGCUUCGAAGCACGCCGUAUAGAAUGCAGAAACACAGAUUUGAAAGAGAUAUGAAAACAAUUGUGUUAUUUCCUGAAUCCAACAACCCUGUUGGAUAAUGCCCGAAGAAUCCAGGAAUCCUCGCGAAGAGUACGGAAUAUUCUUAAAUAGCUGUUUGUUAUUACUACGGAGGAGGAGGAAGAAGUUAUACGAACACUGUUCCGAUUGCUUGGGUUGUACAUCGGAAUGUUGAUCGGCAUCUAGAUACUACGCGUAUCCAAACAAUUAUUCUGUCUGAUGUUCUAUACGGGUUUAUCUGUUUGCAUGAUGCUGUAUUCUAUGCAAGGACUAUGGACUAAUUGCCUUAAUGUGCACGUUUGAAGAUUCAUUGAUUGCAAAACCGUACAUUGGACAUGAAUCAGCUUCUUCAAUGUUAAUGUAACAUACAUGUAUUUAUAGAUAUUUUCAAUUACAUUGACUACGAAACAAACUUUGAUCGCCCAAAUUCUCACAUACCCAAAACUAAAUGCCUGUGUCUACUUGGAUGGAAAUAGGUAGCAGAGGAUAGUUUCGAACUAUAGGCUCGGUCCGGUCAAACUUAAAAAAUGGAAAGACCCCAUAUUUGAAGUGAUAUUACUUGUGUAAAAAUGUGUAGAAUAAGUUUAGGAUACAUGUCAAUGUAGCCGAGUGCUUAAUGAGAAUAAAUUGUGUGCAACAUGUGGAUGUCACCAUGAUUCCUAGCAUAUAGAUGGGUAUAAAUACGAAACUACGACACGUGGUCUGUUGCUAAAAAAAAUUAGAUACAUGGUCAAGCGAAAGGUCUGUAGCUGAGAGGGGAGGUGGAUGGCCCCAUAUGAAAGGAAGAUUUUAAGAAAGACAGAGUUCUUGAUUGUGCCCGUUGACUAAAUCCCCACGCACGGUACUGUGAUGGGGUUUGGGUUGUGCGGAUUAAGCCCAAAUGAGAGAAAAUCGAAGCAAGAAAGGGAACCUGCUCAGAGCAUGUUUUGUGCACCAGCAUGUAUGAAUUACAUGUAAUUUAGGGUCAAUAUUUAUUAACUACACUAAUACCAUAUACAAGUAUUGACAUAGAAAGGAAAUAUGAUUUUUCAUUAGUACAUGUACGUCAUACCUGAAUUUGAUGUAUACCCAUACCUACCUGUUUCAG